CGUUUUUAAAGCCCUUAAUUCUUUAACACGGGGUGCGGAUGCAGCACCUGUGAACGCAUCACACACGCUGUCACUCAAAAUUGUACACCACCACUUCACGUGCGCCAUCACUUUCCAGUCUUCAUCGAAAAAAAAUCGUAAACAAGGAAGUCGAUGAACUCAGUGUACAUUUUUGAAUCAAAGUACUUUACCUAAACCAGGUUAACCUAGAAUCACUAAAUUUUAUAAUCAUAAAAUUUCAAUUUGAGGGGGACAUCCCUCAAUAUGACCGGAAGCUGUCUUUUGAUGUAGUAGUACAUGCGCAAUAAUAUUUACCAGGUUGGUGGUGAAAUGAAAACAUGGCAGAGACGGACAGGUGCGGAAGGAGAAAACAGAGAAACCCUAAAAGAAAAAAUGUUGAAGAUGAAGUAAGUGAUAUCAAGCAACAGAAAACUGUGGACGUUCCCACAGCCAACAGCAACCAUGACAAAGCAAGCAAACUUGACAAAGAUCUCCAUGACGGAAUCCAGUCGGAAAACAAAGACAAAAACUGUGCAGAUGAUACCAAGAAGAAGACCACCAAAGAAAAUGGAUCCUCCUCUGAUAACCUGAAGUCUGACAAGGCAAUUAAGGAUUUGAAGGAGGAGGUGACAUCUGUUGUGUUGCCAUGUAAACAGCCAUCCUGUGUGACCAAUUCCAACAACAGCGCUGAGGAGGACAAAAUUCAGGAGUACCUGAACCGCAGUGACACCGCAGUAAUCUACCCUGAGCCGGUCAGUGACCCCGAGGCCCAGGAGCCCGAGGCCAGCGUCCCAGAGACAGAGGAAGAGGAGGAGGAAAAUCAAGACAAUGACAGUGGAUUGGAGGAGUUCAUUCUCAAGUGCGUCUUCUGCACCCAGUCCUACACGAGGUCAUCUGUCCUCAAGGAUCACAUGAAGAGUGCCCAUCCAGAGCAGCCAGUCAGAUACCAGUGUCCCAAGUGUGAGGCCAUCUUCAUGCAGAAGUCCUUCCUAGACAAGCACCUACCUACCCACUGUCCCACCUCCCAGUCCUGUAAGGUCUGCAACAAGACGUUUGCCAAUGUGUACCGCCUGCAGAGACACAUGAUCAGUCACGACGAGAGCACGGACCUACGCAAGUUCAAGUGUCCCGAGUGUGGCAAGGCAUUCAAGUUCAAGCACCACCUGAAGGAACAUAUCCGGAUACACAGCGGAGAGAAACCUUUUGAGUGUCCAAACUGCCACAAGCGAUUCAGCCACUCCGGAUCCUACAGCAGUCACAUGACCUCCAAGAAGUGCUGGGUGGCAGGACCAAAGGCCCACACCAAUGAGCGAGUCAACCACAUGGAGCCAACAGUCACCUAUUCCAAGCCUCUCAUUUCCAAGGGAGCCUUCACUCCUCCUGUCCACAUGUUGACUUCCAUGGCUCAAGGACCAUUCCCAAGAGUUCCAUAUCUGCAUUUCGAUCCGAAAGGAAGCAUGCCAUUCUUUACUCCACCUCCAGCCUUUGUACCAUACUCAUAUUCCAUGAUUCGUCACAGCUCACCCAUGAAUCCACUCAUCUCUCUUCAAGGGAAGACAGACUGUAUUCCUUCUCAUCACAGCAUUAGCCCAUCCCAUGGAAGUACUGCUCAGAUAUCUCCAGACGUCAAUUCCAACACUCAGCUUUUUUCCAUGCACAAGCCCUCAGUCAAGGACAGUCCUGUAAUCAAGAGAGAGCCUGAAUCCAAAGAAGAGCCAUCUUCAACUGAUUCUGCAUCAGCACCAAAGGAGAGAACUUUCAAGGAUAGCAAGCCAGGGGAUGACACAGAGAAGAAGACCACAUCAGAUGCAGAGGAUGUCAAACCUGAUAUAAAGAUGGAGGAGCAGGAAAAGGAAAAGAUCCCUUGUCACUUCUGCAGCGAGGUCUUCAACAGUGCAGUGGAUCAGCAUCAGCAUGAGCGAUACCUGUGCAAGGCCAACAAGGAACUUCUAAAUAGAUCUUCAUUAAGUGACAGUUCCAGAAACUCUCCAUGCAGUUCCAUCUCAGAUGCCAGUCAUCGUGGGACCCCAAAUGGCAGCUAUAGUGCCCCAGACACAGACCAUGAAGAUGACAGUGAGUCCAAGAAGUUCAGAAUGCGCACACACAUUAGUGAAGAGCAGUUGGCAGUGCUGAAAUCCCACUACAAGGAAAAUCCAAGGCCAAGGAAGUUUGAGCUGAUCCGCAUUGGGAAGGAAAUCGGGAAAGAGAAAAGGGUUGUACAGGUGUGGUUCCAGAACAUGAGAGCCAGAGACAGACGUCAAGGGAAGCAUGUGCCAUACGUCCCCUCCAUGGCCAGGUUUAAGCAUAGCGAUAACAGUUCAUGGAAGGAACAUUCACCCAGUCACUCCAGCUACAUCCCCGUUGUACCCAACACAACCAGAGCACAUGGGAAGAAAAUGGAUGUUCCAUCCACCAGCAAGCCAGAGGAACAGCCUUUGGAUCUUAGUGUACGAAGCAGAACACCUACACCAGCCCAUGCAAGCAGUCCCUGCUCCUCUACUAGUUCCUCAAGUAUUCCUCUCAAGUCCUCAUCUCUGAACAUCAGUGGGAAGCUGGACAACGGUGCAGAAGGAUCUAAGAAAGAAGGUCGACUUCAGAGUUCAGCCAUCUACAAGUACCUACAGCAAGAGGGAAUGCUUCCAAGACAUUUUUUUGGGAACUACUUGCCUCAUCCACCAACAUCAGUGUUCCAGCCAUUUCUGCAAGCACACAUGAUGGCUAGUCCAGAGGCCAUCAUGAGUCGCCACUUCGAACACCGUUCCAAAUCUGCAGAACCAGCUCCAAAACCAAGUUUCACAGACAUCAACAGAAACAGUGCUACUCCAAUGGACUCUAAAGUCUUCUUUGAGCAGAACGGCGAAAAAGCAGGCCGGCUUAUGAUUGACGAGAGCCAAGAUGAGGACUCCAACUGCUCGAGCGACAGCUACAGCGACAGUGAGCAGUACCGACAGGCCAUGGCCGAUGCCACCUUGAACCUAGCCACCCUCGCCGAGGUCAGCCUGUCCCAGAGAGCAGCCAUGAUGGAGAACUCCCUCAAGUCCAAGCGCCUGAGGAAGAAAAGCUGGCGGCAGGUACACGGCUAUAUGGAAGCAGAAGAGGUACAAAUGGACCUGGAUGACUCGUUGCUUGAUGAUGACAACCCUCUGAAGAAGAAGCGAAGGAGCUGGAAGGGACACAAGAUUGAUGCGGAGGAGGGAAUGUAUGCAUGUGACCAGUGUGCUAAAGUCUUCUCCAAGCAGAGCUCCCUGGCCAGACACAAAUACGAACACUCUGGUGCUCGCCCCUUUACAUGUGAGAUCUGUGGAAAGGCCUUCAAACACAAGCAUCACCUGACGGAGCACCGGCGACUACACUCCGGGGAGAAGCCGUUCGAGUGCAAGAAAUGUGGCAAGCGCUUCAGUCACUCAGGGUCGUACAGCCAGCACAUGAACCACCGCUACAAGUACUGUAAACCGCUCCGAGAGGACGGCUUCAGCUCCUCCUAAGGCACGUGGGGCCUGUAACGUUCAACUGGACUACAAAUUGUUAUCUUUUAUACUCAUCAGAGACCAGUCUCCUAUGAACUAUGAUGCCAUUUUUGUGAAAUGAAAAUUUGAUAUGAUUUUUGCAUUGUCAUUGGGCAAUUUUUUCUGUCCGCAAUUUUACAAUGAAAUUUAUUAUUUUUUGUUUCAUGGUGAUACAAAUACCAUGCGGAAUUUGUUACUGGUUUUUUGAGUAACGAGCACUAUAAGUGAUAAGAAUAUGCAGUGCGGAAGGUCUCUCAACUCUGAUGUUUUGUUGAUUUAAUGUUAAGUUCCCAUUCCGCAUUGUUCUUGAUUUGGCUCUCAGCAUUCCAGUUAUGUGGAACUGCAGAACAUUCCUAUUCGGGUUUCAUUGUUCAUCUCACCCAAGAUUUUGAUUAAGCUUUUUUUUUUUCAAUCUUGAAUUGUUCAUAGAUCAAUCUCCAUAAAGUUGAGUCUGCAUCAUCUUUGUUUGAUUAUCAGCCCAUGAGAAGUGCACAAUUAUUGUCAUUAUCAUAGAUAUAUAUGAACAUCAAUUCAUGCUUUUGUACACUACUGUUUAGUGUAUUUGAUCUUCAGUAUCUUCACUCCAUGACAUCAUAUUUUGGUGUAUGUAUAUUUUGUCCUGACCAUGAUUUUUAUGAUUUUUUUUUUACCCACAGAACUUUUUUUCUAUUGAGACAGAGGGGACCAAAUGAUUGAGAAAUGUGUAUAUAUCUGCUGAGUCAUGCAUGAAAGUCUAGAAUUGUUUUUUGAAAAAUUUGAAAUGUUUCCAUGGUGACAAUAUCUAGUCCACCAAUCAGAUUACCUGAUACAAAUACUCAUGUUGUUAACUCUGUUGUAUUAGCUGACUAGUCCCCUUGUGUUGUGAUAGUACCUAGUCCCACACUUUUGCUUGGUGUCUGCAUCUUUGAAAAGAUGUCUUUUGGAAUCCAUACCUUUUUUGAUAAUCACAACUCAUUGCCUCUGUGUACAACUAGAGUUUUAUCUUUGACCAGUUUUAAUGAGGACACUAUUUUUAAGAGAGAAAAGAAAUAAGCAUUGCUAUUGUAUUUAUGAUCUUAUUUAUUUUUUCAGUAGUUUUUAGUUAGAAUAAAUGUUUAACUUGAUGCUCUUAUAUCAAUACAGCAAAGUGCUUCCAAACUUAAACAAAGUACAGUGAAAAAUGCAUUGAAUAACAGAUGGGCAGUAUAUAUGGUUUUCAUGGAAGAUAUUUUAUUUUUCCUGUUGCAUUGACUGUCAAAUCUUUCCUGUUUGGGAUGUAGAUCCAUGAGAUAUAACCACCUCACUGUUAAUUGUUGUUAGUAGAAAUAGCACUGAACAUCUGAGACAGAUUGUUAGUUAAUUUUUAUAUAUAUUAAGAUUUUUAUGUUUAGGAUCUUCCAUUACAAACCAAUAACAGUAUUCAAAGUGUUGCUCUUCCAGCUCAGAUACCACAAAGUAUUGACAUACUGUGUUAAACCAAUCAUCAUCAAAGUGUGCUAGAGAGAGAGCGAGAGAAGAGAGAGAGAGAGAAUUGUUACUAGUGAAUGUUUAUUUUAUCCAAUCACAUGUUUUUAUUACAAAUCAAAACAUUUUCCAAGGCAAUACUUUCUUUUAUUAUGUUAGUUUAACUAUUUUACAUUAUUUCUCUAACAAUGCAGUCGCUAAAAUCAAAUUUAGAAAAUGAGUAUAAAAAAAUCAAAAAUUUAAAAAAAAAAAAAUGUACUUAAUAAAUUGACAAAUAUACUAAAAGACCCACCUAAAAUUGACCCACCAGUUUUAAUCAAUAUUUAAGAACAAUUUAUGUGCCAAACUGAUCAUCCUGCAUUCUUUCUGUGCCAAACUUCCUUUAUAAUUUAGGUCCCCCUGACCUAAAUGUUUCGUGAAUUCUUUGCUGCCAAAGAUUUGGAGUUAUGUUUUAUGUGCUUUUUUUUUUCGUUCUUUUAAUCAAUGUUGUUUUAGUUUUCUUUUAGUUCUUAACCAUUUUUAACUUAGAAGCAAAAAGAACCUCUAACAUACUCUCAACAGUGAACAUAUUAGAUCUAUGUUUUUUUAUUAGGUUGAAAUUAGUUUUGUGAUGUAUUAUAAGGCGGGAUAUAAGCAAUAGAUUGUACAGUAGUUGGAAGCAAGGGGAAUUGAUCCUUUUGUUGAUUUUAAAAUAUAGCACUCUAUUUUAGCAAAAAAAUUUCUUCAUUUUGACAAAAUUGUCAUAGCACAAGUAGUUUAGAAGAUAAGAUUAAAUAUUUAAGACAAGAACUUGACCAUUUUCUUUCUGGUUUUCAAAUAUCACAUAUUUGUAAUGAAAGUUGGGAAAAAAAAGGAUUAUUACGUGUCUUGCACAAUUUUGAUUAAGACCAUAGAAAAUGGUUAAGAGUAAGAUUUUUUGAUUAAGAGAUGAUUUUGUAGCUGUAUCAGUGAUUUAUUGUAUGCCUGUCUGUUUGUAGUGUUAAGAAGUAGUCUAGCGUGUGUCUGUAUUUGUGUAGGUGGUCAAGUGUGCGAGUGCGUGUACAUAGUUAAGUGUGUGUGUAUGUCUGAGGGCUUCGCUCUGUAGUUCCAGCAUGCCGACAUCUUGCCGUUACAGUAUUACUAUUCCUGUGUCUUCCUUGUCUCAGUAUUAUAUUGUGCACUGACCUACACAGUUCUUGCUGUAGUUAUUUAAUCCUAGUCACCCCUUUAGAAUUGUAUAGCAAUACUUUCUCCUAGUCAGUGGUGUAAACAAUGUAUCAAAAGGGCAAUAACUGUAUUAUUAUGAACAAGUUUAUACUCUAGUCCCACCAAUUUACUCAUGAUAUUAUACUUGAAGUCUCCUUUUUUUAGAAGCAGCCACUUGUAUUUAUGUCUUCCUUAUGGCUUUUUAAUGACAAAUCAAAAUACUUUGCCAGUAUAUCGUAAAAUACUCACCUUUUGCCAGUACAAUUGUGUCCUCCAGAAAAAAAACACAUUGUUAGUAGAAGCUUAGUAUAUGUUAAUCCCUUGUGCCAAAUCCAGUCCCAUACCCGCUGAUGCCAACUUGCCCCAUCAGUAUUGUAGUCUUCUGCUGUUCUACUUCAAUAUGAUAGCUGCUGAGCUAGUAAUCAAAAUCAUGUACAUAGAUGUAGCUCCCCUUGUAUUGUACCAGAUUUAAAACUUGUAUAUUUGAUGCGUGAUUGGUCGAUUUUUCUGGAGUGUGAUUGGAUGAUGAGAUGUUGAUGAUGAUUGGUUUAUUUAUCAGUGACCUAUUUGCAGUAUUAUAUUAAUGCCAUAAGUUAAUAAUUUUUUUGUUAUUGUUAUUUGGAUGAAGAAACAUUGUGUGCUCAAUGUAGCAUAUUUUAUUUUUUUUUUUUGGUUCAAAAGUCUCAUUCCAGUACAUGGAAUGAUGCAAAUGUCAUUGAUGGAUAUAAAAAGCAAUAAUGAUGCGUACCAGUAAUGGUUUUAAAAUUUAAAAAAAAAUUACAUGUUGUUGGAUACAUGUAUACAAGUUCUCUGUGUUGUCGCUAAAUAUUCUAGAUGCAUGAGGUGUAAAUAUUUGUGUCAAUUAAUUGAUAAGCAAUAUACUCUUGAUUUUAUUUCUUGCCCCUUUUUUUUUUGCAUGGUUUAUUAUAUAGUCUAGUGAAAAUGUGGAGAUAUAUAUAAAUGUAUAUGUAUAGUUUAUUGUAAAAUAAACAAAGGGAGUUAAUCUAGUCACAAGAUUGUAAAAAUCAUGUCUGCAUUGAAAUUAUUGUCAUGUUUAAUAUCUGUGUAUUGUAAUGCUUUUUCUAGAUCAAGUUAAGAUGUCAGAAUAUAUCAUAUUUUUAUUUUAAUAUAUGCUUUUUAUUAUCAUUAUGAUACUUUUUAAGUAUAUGAGUUUGCCAUUAGUGAGAAGUCAGCCUCUUCAGAGGUCUUUAUCUUCAAUUCAAAAUCACCCCUACAAAGUGUUUUUCUCUACAUUCCAAUAAUUGCAACUAAUAAUUUGUCAUUUAUGUCUUCUUUUUCUGGAAUCAAAAGAUUUCUUGUAUUUUUUUCUAUUCAUUAAGUAUGGCAUAUUGAUUGCAAGUUUUUUUUCUCAACACAGUAGGGAAUCAGACAAUAGCAUUAUAUUGAAACUCUAGCUUCUGAGAAAUCCAAAAUAGUGUUUCUAGUCGUGAAUUUGCAUAAUAAUUUUAAUUAAUUAAGAUAUUGUAGAAGUAGUUAUAUUUUUGGUGUCUAGGUACAAGUGUACCAGUAGGUAUAUUUGUGUCUCGGUACAAAUGUACCAGUAGGUAUAUUUGUGUCUCGGUACAAGUGUACCAGUAGGUAUAUUUGUGUCUCGGUACAAGUGUACCAGUAGGUAUAUAUCUAUAUAUAUAUAUGUAUGACCAUGCUCUGUGUUCUAUAUCAUCAAUUCCAAUGUGUUAUAUAACCAGUCCAUAGAAAUACAAUUAAUAAAACGUCAUAAUAGUA